AUGUCGGAACCAUCCCACCAACCAGCACCCACCCAACCCCAGCAACAAACCCAAACCCAAACACAAGCACAAGCACAAGCACGCGAGGGCCAUGACAGGGAUUACCAAAACCACCCAGAUGCCCCUCUUCCCCAGCCCUACCACGAUGAUCCCGACCUCGAAUCACUGGCCGAGUACGAGCCGCGCCCCAUAGACGAAGACGACGAAACCGACGCCGCAAUAGCCUCAUCCCGCCCACGCACCAAAACAGCCGCCAAAGCCCGAAUCUUCUGGCUCCAAAAUAAAGGCAUGGUUCUCGUCCUCUUAGCGCAAAUGUUCGGCGCAAGCAUGAACGUCAUGACCCAGGUUCUGGAAAUUCACAGUUCAAUGCAUCCUUUCCAGAUCCUCUUUGCCAGAAUGUCCAUUACAGCCCUCGCAAGCUACAUCUACAUGUUCAUUGCCAAAACGCCCCACCCACUCGGCACAAGACCCGUCCUCCCACUCCUCCUCUUCCGCGCCGUCUGCGGCUUCACAGGCGUUUACGCUCUCUACUACUCCGUCCAAUACCUGCCCCUGUCCGAAGCAACCGUCAUCACCUUCCUAGCCCCCAUAAUGACCUGCUACGCCUGUUCGUUCUUCAUCCCGGGCGAGACGUUCUCGCGCCGGCAGCAAAUUGCAGCGAUCAUCAGUCUUGUCGGCGUCGUGCUGAUCGCCCGUCCGUUCCGCUCCCAGUCCAAGCCUAGCUCCGACUCCGGCUCGGAAAGCGAAAGUCCCGACGACGCAGACGCUUACCACCACGUUCUCGCGACGGUUGUGGCUAGUAUCGGCGUUUUGGGCGCAGCCGGCGCGUACACGUCCAUUCGAAUGAUCGGCCGUCGUGCGCACCCGCUUGUCUCUGUGACGUAUUUCUCCAGUGUGACGACGAUAAUCUCGCUUCUGGCGAUGCUGCUUCUGCCCAGUGUUGAGUUCCGGGUACCCGGGACGAGGACGGAGUGGGGGUUUAUGGUUGGAUUGGGGGUUUGCGGGUUUUUGUUGCAGUUUUUGCUUACGGCGGGGUUGUCUUAUGUGCCGCCGAAGAGUGUGGGUGGAAGGGGAAGGGGACGCGGUGGGAGGCAGGGGUCUAAGGCGACGAGUAUGGUUUAUACGCAGAUGCUUUUUGCGCUGUUUUAUGAUAAGGUUGUUUGGGGGACAACGUUGGAUGGGGUGGCUUGGGUGGGGUCUGGGCUUAUUUUGGCCUGUGCGGUUUAUGUGGCUGUUAUGCAGGAGGGGCCGAGGAAAGGGGGUGAUGAUGUUAAGGUGCAGGAGGGAGGGGAGAGAGAGGGUGAGGUUGUGAGGGGGGGAGGAGAGUGUGCAGAGUAG